UGGCGCAUCAUCACCGACUACGAGCGCCUCGCCGACUUCGUCCCCAACCUCGUGCACAGUGGGAGGAUCCCGUGCCCGCACGAGGGCAGGAUAUGGCUGGAGCAGAGGGGGCUGCAGCAAGCGCUCUACUGGCACAUCGAGGCACGCGUCGUGCUGGAUCUCCGGGAGGUCCCCGAUGCCGUUGAUGGACGAGAGCUCCACUUCUCCAUGGUCGAUGGUGACUUCAAGAAGUUUGAAGGGAAAUGGUCCGUCAGGGCUGGUCCAAGGUCCGCUAGUGCGAUUUUGCUGUAUGAAGUUAAUGUGAUACCACGAUUUAAUUUCCCAGCAAUAUUUCUUGAGAGGAUUAUAACGUCAGAUCUUCCUGUGAAUCUUACAGCCUUGGCUUUCAGAUCUGAAAAAAUGUAUUUAGAAAACCAUAAAUUUGGACCUACAAAAUUUACCGGUGCAGAGUCCAAGCCACUUAACUUGCGUAGUGCAACAGUCGAGAAUGAUGUCAUCUCUUCUAGUAAGUUCAAAGAAGCACCUGCCUCUUCUGGUUUUGGUGGUGUGCUUGCUUCACCUCCUCCUGAGGUUAAUGGCAAAUGGGGUGUAUAUGGAAGUGUCUGCAGGCUUGAUAGGCCUUGUGUGGUAGAUGAGAUCCAUCUUCGACGAUUUGAUGGCCUCUUGGAGCGUGAAGGGGCUCACAGGUGUGUUGUUGCUAGUAUCACCGUGAAAGCACCAGUUCGAGAAGUAUGGAAUGCACUAACAGCAUAUGAGAAGUUACCUGAGAUUAUACCAAACCUGGCUAUCAGUCGGAUUAUUCUUCGUGAUAAUAACAAAGUUCGAAUAUUACAGGAGGGCUGCAAAGGCCUACUUUAUAUGGUACUUCAUGCCCGUGUUGUAAUGGAUCUUCGUGAGAAACUUGAACGUGAGAUCAGCUUUGAGCAAGUUGAGGGCGAUUUCUACUCAUUUAAAGGAAAAUGGCGCCUCGAACAGCUCGGAGAUCAGCACACACUGCUGAAGUAUAUGGUCGAGACUAAGAUGCAUAAAGAUACCUUUCUCUCAGAGUCUAUCCUUGAAGAGGUCAUAUACGAAGAUCUUCCGUCAAAUUUAUGUGCAAUCCGUGAUUAUGUUGAAAAGGCAGAAGCUGAGAGAGGUAAUUCCAUAAUUCACUCGGAUGCGCCAACCAAUCGAGAUACUGUUCCUAUGUAUUACACAGAAGGACGGCAGCCGGAGCAAGCACCUGUACAUUGCUCUUCAACUUCCACAAGGCAAAGAUCAAAAGUUCCUGGCCUGCAAAAGGACAUCGAGGUCCUCAAAUCUGAACUUGGUAGCUUUAUUGCAAAACAUGGUCAGAAUGGUUUCAUGCCUAAGAGAAAACAUCUUCGGACACAUGGAAGAGUUGAUAUUGAGAAGGCCAUAACACGGAUGGGUGGGUUCAGGAAGAUUGCCACCUUAAUGAAUCUCUCCCUUUCUUAUAAAAAUCGGAAACCAAGGGGUUAUUGGGAUAAUCUCGAGAACUUGCAAGAAGAGAUCGGGAGAUUCCAGAAGAACUGGGGGAUGGACCCUUCUUAUAUGCCAAGUAGGAAGUCUUUUGAGAGGGCAGGGCGGUACGACAUUGCUCGCGCCCUGGAGAAAUGGGGCGGCAUACAGGAGGUCUCCCGGCUCCUCUCGCUUGAACCAAGGCGGCCCCGGAAGCAAGCGGACCCCGACGGCGAGAGCCAGCCGGAAUCUCCAAGCGCCGCCGCCGCGGAGCACCACCCGAGCAGCAGCAAUGCAGACAAGGCGAGCGUGCCCCUGGACGCGCAGAAGUGGCUCCUCAAGCUCAAGGACCUGGACAUCAACUGGGUCGAGUACUGAUUACUGAACAGCAGGGGGCUCACUCCGGCGUAGUUCACUAAUCCAGCCUGUAAACGACUGUGUAUGUAUGUACAGAAAAAAGGUAAUGCACUGGCUGAGUUUUUCCA